AUGAUAUCAAGCAAGAUGAAUGAGAUGAUUUACUUAAUAGUGUUGUCCAUGAUAAUGAUUGCGGUGUUGUCAGCAAGGGAGCCGAAACAGGUGACUUUAGCGAACCAAGGAACAAUCGCAGGGAUGUACAUAACAAGGUUCAGGACGAAGAGGAUAGCGGCAUAUGUGGGUAUACCAUACGCCCAGCCUCCUGUUGAUUUUAGGCGUUUUGCUCCACCAGAGUACACGGAUCUUCCUAAUUGGCAAGGGUUGAGAAAUGCGACGACUUACGCGCCAGAUUGUAUGCAGAAUGAUCCGAAGAGGGAAGACAUUCAGCAUCCUUUGAACAAACACGAUGAGCUGUUUACGAAACUACUAGAGUCUCAAAUGGAGGAACCGAGGAAAAAAGAGUACUCGGAAGACUGUUUGUACCUCAACGUCUAUGUACCAGAUGAUUUCAAGGUAGAAGGCUACCCGACGAUGGUGUGGUUCCAUGGCGGAGAUUUCGUGCGAGGCAGCCCUAACAGCAUAAACCCCUUUCAACUAGUACUCAAGCAAAAGGUAAUAUUUGUGUCUGUCGCCUACCGUUUAAAUAUAUUUGGAUUCUUCUCAACUCUGGAUAACGAAGCUCCAGGAAACUUUGGUUUGUUAGACCAAGUAGCGUCGUUAUAUUGGGUAAAAAAUAACAUUGAAAGUUUUGGAGGUGACCCUGACAACGUUUGUAUAUUCGGACAUGACGCAGGCGCGGUUAGCGUUGGACUUCAUUUGUUGUCUCCUUAUUCAUCAGGACUCUUCCAAAAAGCGAUCGCUAUGAGCGGCAAUAUCCUUUCACCAGAGACGGUAAAUAUUGCCAGGAAGGAAGUGAUAACGGUCGAUAAAGUGGCUGUUGCGUUCAGUUGUUUUCGAAAACCGACAUUUCAAUUAAUAGAUUGUCUAAGAAGGGUAAAUUAUCAAGCUUUAUUGGAUAUUGGAGAGCCGUUAGCUUCUUGGAAACCGAUUGUAGAUACUGGUUUUAGUAACAUAACUCAGCCAUUUAUAUCAGAUCAGCCAACCAAAAUGUUUCAAGAUGAAGUGUUCAGCCCUGUACCGGUUCUAACUGGUUACACAAACAUGGAAGAUGGACUGCUCCUGGACAAAGGAGAGGAUUCUGGUAUAAGCCAAAGAGAGUUUGAUAUCAUGCGCGAGGAAGUGAUUCUCUCUGAUAUAACCGUUGACAAUAGUUCGUGUUUUACAAAUCAGCAUCACAUACAAGACGCCGUUGAAUUUUUCUACAGACCAAUCCCACCAACGACCAACGAAACCAUCCUUCGUAAACAAUUUUUGGACUUUUACACUGAUAAAGUUUAUGGGGCCACAACUUACCAAUUAGCGAAGUUUAUCAGUAAACAUGCUCCUGUUUAUCUUUAUAGAUUUGAUUUGAAACCGUUUUCAGAUAUAGCGAAUGAGGGUAUACCGGAUUGGAUCGCAGUGCCACAUAAUUUUGAUUUGAUUUUCGCUUUUGGCUUACCCUAUUUAGCCCUGCCCGAAGAUUUUAACAAAUGGGAUUACAGGGAUAAGAGUAUAUCUGAAAUAAUUAUGAAAAUGUGGACCAAUUUUGCAUGGUACUCUAAUCCGUCCAAUUCUGGCGUGAUAAUUCAAUGGGAUACUUUUGAAAUUGAGAGACCCGGAUUCUUUAUAAUCGACAGACAGAAUUUUACGAUGAGCACACCAGCUACAGUCAAUUAUAAAGCAUUUGAGUUCUGGACUGAUUUUUAUCCUAAAGUUUUGGAGAUCGGUACAAAAUGUUGUAAAGAAAUCCAGGACGACUCCGGUACGGAUUCAAUGGCCUAUAAGCAAAUCUUGGUGUUGGUGAUUUCGGCGUGGCUGGUGGCGGGGCAACGACCUUCGUUUGCCGGAUCCAAGCCCAUCGGAUUCCCUGAAGUGGUGACUCCGGCAGACCCCCUGGGCAACCGAUUCGGCGAUGACUCCCCUCUCCCAGUAGAAGCCAAAGGCGACCGGGCACUGGUCGAGCGUCUGAGCAAACUUCCAAUCGACAAGCAGCCUUUCUGGUUCAUCAACUGGAAGGCCAUAGAAGCGGCCCAGAAGAACCCACAAACGUACCCACAAAAAGAAAACUCUUUCACCGACAACUUCCAAGGAGCCAGCCAAUCUCAAUCCGCCAACUUCCAAUCAAAUACUCCCAACACCCAAUCAAACCCUCCGAACACCCAAUCAAACCCUCCAAACACCCAAUCAAAUUCUGCCAUCAACUCUAAUGGUCUUACGUCGAAAUUCGGUGAAACUAAUAACGGAGCAAGUAACUUAGCAUCAAACGGCAACUUCGCAAACACCUUUAACAGCAAUAGACCGAGCCAAGGCUAUCAACAGUACAGGCGUGGCUAUUGAUUCUAGUGCUGAUUGAAAUGCUUUAAUCACAGAUAUCAGAAUGUCACAACUUUUUAAUGAGAAAAGCUUAAUCAAUAUCCUAUCUAGGUAUGUUUUGGGAUUAACUUCUAUAUUGGUUGAAAGAAUGCAAUGUUUUGCUUUCUUGUAAAAAAAGUGUGGGAGAAAUGAAACUUUGUGGUUAAGAGUGAAUUAGACUUAGGGUGCGUUUUCACUGAAGUGCAGCGUAGCGGAGACGGAUGUUUUUGACCAAUCAGGUUAUUGAGAAAAUUAUAACGUUAUCUAACACUGAUUGGUCGUUGCAUGUCUCCGCACCGCUUCAGUGGAAACAACCUUUAAAGCGAGCAAUAAUAUACUCAGUGCAUGCAUAUGCUUGCCAUACCUCAAAUACUCAUAAAGAAAAUCAAUUUGGUACCUAGGAUUUAUUUACUUACUUUUUAUUUGUGUAAUUAAAAAAGAAAAAAAUUACCUACUUA